UCUAUGUGUAAGGGCUUGUUUGACAAAUCCGUGGGUGGGGAAGGGUGCAUUUGACAAAUAAGCUUGCCAGUUUUCGGGGAUUUAACACGGGUCUUGCACUUCCGAUUUUUUGGUGUUCUGUGCGUGCAUCUACGUAUGUAUCAAGAGGCUUGACAAGUGUGAUGAAACAGUCACAGUGAUAACAAUAACCAGUGUGCUCUACCCUUAAUGAACAUGGGAUGUGAUUUGCGUAGAAGCAUUGAUUUGUGAUAUUCAUCAAAUACUCGUUAUUUACCGCGCGAUUAGCACUUGGACCAUGGUCUUGCGGAUUAACAAGAUCUUGUAAACACGCCGCCAUCUUUCCUUAUCGGUUGUCCACCGAUCGGUGGCAUUGACGUGUUUACAUGCUAAGUAAACGUCAUCAGAGAUAGCCAAUCAGAGUCGUAGAGGGGAUGGCAAACAGACCGCUGUAUAUUUAAUUGACAUGUGGUUGCUAUGACAGUUUCGUGUACCGUUUUACCGGUGUGGAAGAGGUGGUGACAGUGCCAUCAUUGUUAUUUGUUGAAACGGUGCAUAUUGUGAACGGGAAUUGUGGGAGUCAUAUUGUUUUCUGAUGAUACUGUCUGCGGAGCCCCGCUGAUCUAGCUUCUUGUUAUUGUUGGUGUUUCGUUGCGGCGACAGUCUCCCUUUCCUUAAAUAGGUUAUUUUCAUAUCAAGAGAAUAUGGAUUCAGGCAAGACACUUGAAGGCGUGGGAAAGGUUGGCUUCGUGGGAGCUGGGAAUAUGGCACAAGCUAUCGGAGGAGCACUCCUGCGGACUGGUCUGUUGAAAGCAAGCAACAUCUAUGUAUCGUCGCCCUCAAAUACAAACAAAGGACCUUGGAUUCAAUUUGGGACACACACUACAACAGAAAAUGUGAAACGACGCAGAUUUCUUCAUUGCUUGUGUUCAAAUGGGGUUUCUGCUGCACACCAAGACACAGAUGAAGAUCUGGAAGAUGGAUAUGAAGAGGAUUCACCAGUAUCACAUUUCAGUCAUGGUUGUGUUGUGGAAAACUCUGAUGUUAUAUUUCUCGCAAUGAAACCAAUUUACUUGGAUGCAGCAUUGAUGGACAUAAAAAAGACUUUGAAACAACCGGUCAGCAAUAAACUCUUUGUUUCAUUGUUGGCUGGCGUGCCAUUGAAAGUACUUGAGGAGAAAAUUCAUAGGAUUGUGCCAGAUGCUCGUGUCAUCCGUGUGAUGCCAAACACACCAGUACUAGUUGGAGCAGGCUGUUCGGUUUUCAGUUGUGGUACAACAGCUACUAAAAAGGAUGCAGAAGUAGUGAAAAUGAUGCUCUCUACUGGAGGCAUUUGCCAAGAAAUUUCAGAAUCUUUGAUUGAUGCUGCUGGUGGUCUGUCUGGAUGUGGGCCUGCAUAUGUGUACCUCAUUAUUGAAGCAUUGUCUGAUGGUGCAGUAAAGAUGGGUGUUCCUCGAGCUAUGGCAACACAGUUCGCUUCUCAGACUGUGCUAGGUGCUGCAAAAAUGGUGCUAGAGACAGGGAAGCAUCCAGGGCAGUUGAAAGAUGAAGUGUGCUCACCUGGAGGUACUACAAUCUGUGGUAUCCAUGCAUUGGAGAAGGGAGGUGUCAGGAGCACCUUAAUGGAGGCUGUUGAAGCUGCUACAAAACGUGCUGCGGAGCUUGGAAAAAACAAGUGAGGGGAAAGCUACAUAGAGAUGCAUUUACAAAUUUGUUAAAAUGAUGAAAUGUCAUUUUAAAUGAUGUACAUAAUAUUGUUGAUCGUAUCAUAAUCUCAUGUAUGUAAUAUCUUACUGUGAAAUAAAAGUUUUAAGAAUG